UAAGCAAGAAGGCAGGGAGUAUCAAUGACAUCAACCAGCAGUAUCUGAGGCCGCUUGACCGGCAAUGCUCUCCCGACAAAAAGGGCUGAGGAGCAGCCCGUGACCCGCUGCGUUUUCGAGAGCUCUGUCGACAGCCAGCACGGUGAGGAGAGAAACACCGGCGAUGUGUGCAUGCAUCCCCCACAAAGGCAGACCUUUCUGUGACUGGAGCUCCGCUGCCGACGGAUUACAUUCAUCCUUGCUGUUUCCGAGGAAGCUUCCAGCUGCAAAUCCACCCACAUGAAUCUACCAGACAGUAAAGAAGACGGAGCACUUCCUACCCAGAGUGCCUACCCUUGUUGAGUGAAGCCCUACCCAUAUCUACGUCAUCUCCAACCAACCCACGGUGGAGCCAUGCCUCUGUCCAGGACAGGUGGAGCUCUUGCCCGAUGCAGGAGGCCUAUCCUGGGGCUCCGCUCUAGCCCCUCUCCCCUGGGUCUGCUGCUGCCUUUCAUUAUCCUGCUAACUGGCCCUUUGAGCAGUGUGUGUGGAGCACCAGCUUCCCCAAAGUUCACCAAGAUGCCCACAGACCAGAUCGGCGUGUCAGGGGGUGUGGCAUCAUUUGUGUGCCAGGCCAGUGGCAGUCCCAAGCCUGUUGUCUACUGGAACAAGAAGGGCAAGAAGGUCAACUCCCAGCGUAUCGAGACUGUAGAGUUUGAUGAGGGAGCCGGUGCUGUGCUAAGGAUCCAGCCUCUCAGAGCACCCCGAGACGAGAACAUCUACGAGUGUGUGGCACGCAACAGUGAAGGGGAGGUGUCUGUCACUGCAAAGCUGGCCAUUAUUAGAGAGGACCUGUUGCCAUUCGGCUUCCCCAGUAUAGACAUGGGUCCCCAGCUGAAGGUGGUGGAGCGGACGCGGACGGCCACCAUGCUGUGCGCUGCCAGCGGCAUCCCCGACCCGGAGAUCUCCUGGUUCAAAGACUUCCUGCCCGUGGACCCCUUCAGCAGCCAGGGUCGCAUCAAACAGCUCCGAUCAGGAGCGCUACAGAUCGAGAACAGCGAGGAAACGGACCAAGGGAAGUACGAGUGUGUGGCCACCAACUCUCAGGGUGUGCGCUACUCGUCCCCGGCCAACCUUUAUGUGCGAGCUGCUACGGUGAUGACGUGGUCUGCCUACGCAGCAGAGUGCAUUGACUGCAUUGACUGCAUUGUGAGGCCUUGUGUGCAGAACCCUUGGUAUUGCCUUCACUCCCCGAUCAAUGUUUUCUGCAUGGUGAAAGGCUAUCGUGUGUACUACACCAUGGACCCGUCCCGGCCUAUGAAUGAGUGGCAGAUCCAUAACGUCCAGGACAGCGUGAUCACCACCAUCCAGAACCUGGUGACCUCGGAGACGUACACCAUCCAGGUCCUCGCCUUCACCUCUGUAGGAGACGGACCCUUCUCAGACCCCGUCCAUGUUAAAGUUAUGCCUGGAGUCCCAGGCCAACCGGGGAAGUUUAAAGUCAAUAAGGUGGCCGACACACACAUUGAGCUGACCUGGGAACCUGCCUACACAAAGGAGGGCAUCGUCAACUAUGAACUGCUCUACAGACCUGUCAAGUUUGGCAGCUUGGAGAAGCUGACAUUCGGGCCGAGGAGUUCGUACACAGUGGAGGGUCUGAAAGCCAACACAGAGUACUCCUUCUCCCUGGCCGCCAUCUCAAACAAAGGCAUCGGAGCUUUCACCAACGAGCUGGUGCAGAGGACAUUACAAGCCAAGCCCUCAGCAGCACCUGAGGGUGUGUCCUGCGAGAGUGCCAGCUCCAGCUCGCUGAGAGUUAGUUGGAGGCCGCCUCCAAUGGAGGGUCACAAUGGCGAGUUGGCAGGUUAUGAGCUGAGAUACCAGAGGGUUUCUGGGGCAGGAGGCGGAGUUCAGGGCCUGGAGGGGAAGGGGCUUCCUAUCCCCGCCCUGCAGGGGGAGACAUUGCUAGAGGGGCUGGAGAAAUGGAGCUGGUACAACAUCUCCAUGGCAGCCUUCACUGCAGAGGGGACUGGACCCAAAAGCCUCUCUGUGAUCUGCAGAACUAAUGAGGACGUUCCUGGUGCAGCCCCUCGUCAGGUGGACCUCCAGCCGCUCAACUCCUCAGCGAUCAGAGCCACUUGGAGGUCUGUGUUGCCACGGUUACGGCAAGGCCAAAUCCGUGGCUACCAAGUUCAUUUCGGCCGUGCUGAUAGCGGUGAAUCACGAAACCUUCCCCGCAUUAAAGACCUCUUAUUGGACGAGUCCCAGAUGGAGGAGGAUGACUCGACUCAAUAUGAGCUCAUUUUAGAAAGUCUGAAAGCAGAGACUUUCUACUCCAUCUCGGUGGCAGCGUACACCACCAAAGGGGAUGGAGCGCACAGCAAAGCCAAGCUGGUGCAGACCCUGGGGAUUGUGCCCGGCCCCCCCUCCCUUUGGGUGCAUCCAGGAUCUGGUCCGUCAGUGGUGGUGCGGUGGGCUCCUCCAGUGGAAUGCUCUGAUAGCCGGGGGGCUCCGCUGGAAAUCAGGGGUUACCGCCUGCAGUUUGGCCUAAAGAAUACUUCCUUAGACACCACAGUGAAUUUCACAAAUCGCGAGAGAAACUUCACUAUCAGAAACCUCUCCCAGGGGUCCUCCUACGUCUUUCUUCUCUCUGCUAAGAGCCGAGCAGGAUACGGAGACGUGGUGCAGCAGGAGAUAAAAGUUCCCAUGUUCCCACCCUUGGGAUACCCAAAAAUAACUGACUUUGUUAAUGACACUUGCUGCUCCCUCCAGUUCUCCUGGUUGCCCCUUUCCCAGGAAGAGUGCAAUGGUGACAUCACAGAGUACACCUUAUCGUACAGAGAAGCCACGGCCCCCAAACCCUCUGCCGACCCCGGCCCGUCAGCAGUACCAGCCCCUACUGCGCCCCCUUGGCUGAUCACGCUGCCAGCGAGUGAAUCCCGCUACACCAUCCUGGGCCUCAAUCACAGCACAGCCUACGUGGUGCAGCUAAGAGCCCACAACAAGGCGGGGCCAGGCCCCUUCAGCCCACCUCUGGUGAGCCGAACCCUGGCCUUUGAAACAGUUCUUACAGGUUGGCCAUUCACCUGUGAACCUCGGAGAGGCCGAGAACUGCAAAGUCCAGGGGAACACGACUACUCCCCCCAAUCUCCUCCACUCACUCACUUAUACCUUCAUCACCUACCCUUCACCACCAGUGGACGCAGGCUGAAUGUUAAUGGAUGUUUGCUUCAAGAGCACUGCUUAUCACAAACCCUCAGGGGGGAAACUGGUCUGGUGCUGUAUCUGCAGGUUUGCAAUGUGCCGAGGAAUUUUUCUGUCAAUCUGGCCACUAAGACCAGUGUUUUGCUGACCUGGGAGUUUCCAGAGAGCAGCAACCCCUAUCGCUUUACGGUGGAGUAUAACAGACAGAAGAUGGAGGUGGACGCUCGUCUGAAAAAGGCUGUCAUCCCAAACCUUCAGCCUGACACGAGCUACGACUUUAAGAUCACAGCUCCAGAGGGAAACAUGGGCGGCCUUCGCCAUCGCAUCUCCGCCAAGACUUCCCCACCAAUUAAUAUCCGCCGCCCUGAAAUUGACCACACCCGUGACACCGAGACCACCGUCACCAUAAUCCUGCCGUCGCUGGAGAAUCGCUCCCCCGUCAAGAACGUGUAUGUUGUCGUGGUUCCACUGAGGAGAGCCCGCGGCGUCAUCAGACACCUCAAGAGUCCAGAUGAAAUGGACCUAGAGGAGCUGUUAAAAGACAUCAGUCAAAAGCAGAAAGAUUCUCGGCAGCAGAAGCAGGUGGACCUGCGGCGGGCUUACAUAACGGCCCGUUUCACACCUGCCACGCUGCCGGCCUUCUUCACCCUGGGGGACCAGCUGGACUACGGGGGCUUUGAGAACCGAGCUCUGGAGGCGGGGCAGGAGUACGUCUUCUUCAUCCUGGCCGAGCUCAACUCCACAACGGGGAAAAUGUACGUGGCGAGUCCCUACACAGACCCUGUGAUUGCCCCAGAUUCAGACCCCCAGCCCCUCGAUGCAGGCGACGGUCUGAUCUGGGUGGUUGGACCCGUGCUGGCUGUGGUCUUCAUCAUCUGCAUUGUCAUUGCUAUCCUCCUUUACAAAAACAAACCUGACAGCAAGCGGAAGGACUCUGAACCCGGUACCAAGAGACUUUUGGAGAACGAAGAUGGAACGAGGAUAGCCCAUCACCCGACAGACCCCGUGGAGAUGAGACGCAUCAACUUCCAGACUCCAGGAAUGAUGAGCCACCCCACCAUCCCCAUCAACGAGCUGGCCGAGCACAUUGAGGUGCUGAAAGCCAACGACAACCUGCGCCUCUCCCAGGAGUAUGAGUCCAUCGACCCUAGUCAGCAGUUCACCUGGGAGCAUUCAAACCUGGAGGUCAACAAGCCCAAAAACCGCUACGCUAACGUCAUAGCGUACGACCACACCAGAGUCAUCCUGGCUCCCCUAGAAGGUAUCCUGGGGAGCGACUACAUCAACGCCAACUACAUUGAUGGCUACAGGAAGCAGAAUGCCUACAUCGCUACACAGGGGCCACUGGCGGAGACGUUCGGGGACUUUUGGAGGAAGGUGUGGGAGCAGCGGGCCGCCUCUGUGGUCAUGAUGACACGCCUCGAGGAGAAGUCACGGAUAAAGUGUGACCAGUACUGGCCGAGUCGCGGCACAGAGACGUACGGGACGAUCCAGGUCACCCUGCUGGACACAAUGGAGCUGGCCACAUUCUGUGUGCGCACCCUUUCCCUGCACAAGAGUGGCAGCAGUGAGCGGCGAGAGGUGCGUCAGUUCCAGUUUACAUCCUGGCCAGAUCACGGUGUGCCGGAGUAUCCCACCCCCUUCCUCAACUUUCUCCGCAGGGUCAAAGCCUGCAACCCUCCUGACGCCGGACCUAUUAUCGCUCACUGCAGUGCCGGCGUUGGUCGCACUGGCUGUUUUAUUGUCAUCGAUGCCAUGCUGGAGCGCAUUCGACAAGAGCGCACUGUGGACAUCUACGGUCACGUGACCCUGAUGCGCUCACAGAGGAACUACAUGGUGCAGACGGAGGAUCAAUACAGCUUCAUCCAUGAGGCCCUGCUGGAGGCCGUGGCCUGUGGGAACACUGAGGUGGCCGCUAGGAGUCUUUACUCCUACAUGCAGAAGCUGGCCAAGGUGGAGCCCGGAGAGCACAUCACCGGCAUGGAGCUGGAGUUCAAGCGGCUGGCUAACACCAAAGCCCACACAUCCCGGUUCGUCACAGCCAACCUGCCUUGCAACAAAUUCAAGAACCGACUGGUCAACAUCAUGCCCUAUGAAACCACCCGCGUCUGCCUCCAGCCAAUCAGAGGCCUGGAGGGCUCUGACUACAUCAACGCGAGCUACAUAGACGGAUACAGGCAGCAGAGAGGCUACAUUGCCACCCAGGGUCCGCUGGCUGAGACUACAGAGGAUUUCUGGAGGAUGCUGUGGGAACACAAUUCCACCAUUGUGGUCAUGCUCACCAAACUGAGAGAAAUGGGCCGGGAGAAGUGUCACCAGUACUGGCCCGCAGAGCGUUCAGCCCGGUACCAGUACUUCGUGGUGGACCCCAUGGCUGAGUACAACAUGCCUCAGUACAUCCUCCGGGAGUUCAAAGUCACGGAUGCCAGGGACGGCCAAUCACGGACAGUGCGUCAGUUCCAGUUCACCGACUGGCCAGAGCAAGGCGUGCCCAAAUCCGGAGAGGGCUUCAUCGAUUUUAUUGGCCAAGUGCACAAAACCAAGGAGCAGUUUGGCCAGGAUGGACCAAUCAGCGUUCACUGCAGUGCUGGCGUGGGGCGGACCGGUGUCUUCAUCACUCUGAGUAUCGUCCUGGAGAGGAUGCGUUACGAAGGGGCAGUGGACAUCUUCCAGACCGUCAAAAUGCUGCGCACACAGAGACCGGCCAUGGUGCAGACUGAGGAUGAGUAUCAGUUCUGCUACCAGGCUGCUCUGGAGUACCUGGGUAGCUUCGACCACUAUGCAACGUAAAUAAAGAGACAACCCCCCAUCCAUCUGUCUGCUUCGAGGUCCACCAACAAACUGACGAGUGAAACGAGAGAAAGACAGCCUGAAAUAACGUGAACAUUGAACCUUUUCCUGGGAGCAAGACUUAAAGAUGAAUUAUACACCAACAAGGACAACAAAAGAUAACAACAAAAACAGCAACAAUAAAUCUGUGUCUAACAGCACCCACACUGCUGGUGGGUGUGGAGACUAUCCAUGUGUAAUCCAUAUACUUACCUCAGUGUUCCAGUGUGAAGGACGUAUAAUACAUGUGUGUUGUGGUCAGCUAUCUCCAAUAUGAACCAGUGAAAUACAAACAGCUUCUGAACAGGAAUUAUGAUAGUAUAUGUGUAUAAAAAAAAGGAAAAAAACACAAAGAGCCUGGAUAUUUGCUGCACCCUAUAUGGGCUUUUUAUCCUCAACUUUGUAUCUAUUGGUUUAGUGUACUAAGGGGUUACAAAGUGCAAAGGUGAACAUUUUUAAGUGUCCGUGAGUCUAUUUCAAAGGUGUCUAAGGUUGCCACAGUAGCUCUGAUCAUAGUUUAGAGCACAUGACUCAACACCCAGAGGACUGUUGGAGAAGCAUGUGGAUGCUCAUUUACCCAAAGCACAGUGCCAAGAGAAACCAUGCAGCGUGAACGUGAGCCGUGGCCUACAAGGAGAGAUGACUUCCUCUUUUAUCCAGCAUAACAUAAAGUCAGACCAGAGACCGCUCUUACUAACACUGGCCAAGGAUCAGUUAAUGCUCGUCUCCAAUGGUGUCCUCGCUGAGCAACAGCCCGGCAUCCGAACAGUGAUUAGAGCCUGUCAUAUCCUCCACUGGGCUGAGGUCUGUAGUCCAGUGCAUUAUUCGUCAAACAAAGUUUGCUUGCUAUUUGCUGUGGUCCUUGUUCAUCCUCCAGCUCAUAUCCACUUGAAGUCAGCCCCAUUGUGUCAGCUCAGCAGUGGCUCAUUGAGAAGGAUGCUAAUGAAAGCUUCAAUCCUGCUAAAACAGUUCUCAUCCCAUCUCUGCUGACAUGAUUUUUGUGUGUUUUUACUGUACGUCUCUGCCUUACGCUGACUUAUUUCUUGUGUUCAUGCUGCUCAAUGUUCAUGCGUUGUGUUCUUAACAUUUAUUGUCAUACAGUAUCUAAAAUUGAGGAUGAAAGUUAUUUCCCAAUCAUCUUCAUCCUCUAAAGCUUACCUACUUGAAUUGCACGACUUCGCAGUUACAUCAAUCUUGUGCAGUGAAAGAUAAUGACAGAAAUCCAAAAAAAACAUUCAGCGAUUUUUUGCUCACUUUCAACAGUCCUCUCCCCUCACCUACCUUCAUAUAAACUUCAUUCAAAUUCUCUCUGUUUCUAAAUCACAUUGUACAGAACAUCCCAACUUAACCAAAUGAUGUUUCCCCCCGUCUGCUCCAGUAGAAAUGCACAAUUCUGUGAUAUCGAUAUAUAUCUUUUCUUGAUUUGACAUAUAAUCAUAAUUGGUCCCAUGUGGUGAUUUAAGAGCACAGCGAUGUCCGGUGAAUCAGACAUUUCGGUUUCACAGAUUUUGUACAUACAGUCUAUCAUUGGAGUCCUAUAACAGUACAGUUACAUACGUCUGAGCACAAGAUAUAACGUGGGAUUGGAUGUGAUGUAGUUCUUAUUGUCGCAAAAAAAGCCUUAUUGUUAUUGUUCACUUUGUCAUAUUUAUUUCAUAUGAUUUUUUAAGAUAUUUAUUAUUCUAUUUUGUUACUUUUUAUGUUCGUUUUUAAUCUAUUUAUUUGCGAUAUCUACCAACUAUAACCGAUAAGAUGUUGUAUACCUGUUUCUUUGGCGAGCCAAUGUUAAAGUAUGAUAUUGUCACUGUUUGUUUUUUUAUUUUCGAUGGUCAGUUUUGGUGCUUUUUUAUUUGCUUUAUAAUGAUAAAGUAUGCCCUCUGUGUAGGGUGCUAUUUGAUACUGAUUACUGAUGUCCAACUAGUUAGCUAGAGAUGUGCAUUAGAGGAGACCUAGUUUAAGUUUACAGUGAUGCCCUUUUGAUGCCCCCCCACUCUCCACCUCCAUAGCAACAGCAGCGGUGUGAUUGAUCCCCGCAACAGAGGUAUGGUCCGCCCCUCCGUGAUACGUUUAAGGGCAUCAGAGAAUUACAUAUAGAGAGCAGAUUUGUUGACUAAAACCUCGGACAAGCUGUUGGUAUUAAGAUUCCUGGAAAGCACAUAGUAGCAGGUGUAUUUUUGACAGAGAAUGGGCCAGCUAAAUGCACCCUCUAAAGUUAUUGUUUAUAUCUGAAAUUAUUCUGAUAUGAAAUUGUGUGGUCCAGAAGUCUUGACAGUGUGUGACAUAUGAAAUAUGUUAUUCCUUCGAUUUCUAAUGAUGAUUGUGUCAAGAGAAAUAUAAAGGCACUCACAUGAAACAUAAUAUGACGUGUGUUGAGGGCCAGCUUUGAUGACUCACCCCCUCACUUAUGUACCUGUUCUUUCCUUUCAAACCAUGGAUGUAGAUAUUGUAUCUUGACUUUGUAUUAAAAGCAGGAUGAUUGGAUAUAGCGCA